GCUCAGUACCUAGUGACAGCAACACCGCACCCCUGUCAUUAAGUGAAAAAAGCUGUACCUACCUAAGAGAGCAACUCGCUCUGCUUUUAGCUGCCCAGUCCAUCUUCCUCGGCCUACCUACCUGAUACAAAGGAAACAAAGCGAAAAAGAAACAAAAAGCCCCAGGACUCGGAAAUUUGCACGGCGAGACCUCAGGGAGCGAAAUAGAUAAGCAUCGCAUUUGCUCAGGCCAUGUUUGCGGUACCAGGUUGGGCCGUAUCUGCGGACGGUCUCAAGGCGGAGGCCGCCGCAGCCCUCGACCGAGCGCCCUCUAAGGACGAGUCCAAGGCGCGCUCCAAAAAGCGCAAGCGGCCGUCGGCCGCCCCCGGGAACGUGACCGCGGCCAACGUCGCGGACCUCUGGGAGCGGGUCAUCGAGGGGAGAGCCGAGAAGAAGACAAAGAAGGAAGGCGGCGGCGGCGCGUCGGAAGGCAGCCCAGCCGACGGUCCGCCGAGGAGGUUGACGCUGAAGGAGAAGAAGAAGCUGAAGAAGCUGAGGCAGGGAGACGCCGGCCCGGAUGGCGACGGCGGCCAAAGCGAACCGGCCGGUGCUGGCUCGCCACAGGAACCACCUGGAGGGCCGGCGAGGAAGGCCAGGAAGAAGAAGACGUCGAAGGCGAGAAUAGGAGCCGGCGACGAGAGCAAGCAACCCGAAGAGGUCGAAGGCGAAGCGGAGGCGGCGGCAGAACUAAGCAGCAGCCUUCCCCGUGCGGCGCCGAAGCCGACGCCGACGCUGACGCCGCUGCAGGCCGCGAUGCGGGAGAAGCUGGUGUCGGCGCGGUUCCGCCAGCUCAACGAGACGCUGUACACGCGGCCGUCGGCCGAGGCGCUCCGCCUGUUCGCCGACUCGCCCGAGAUGUUCGGCGAGUACCACGAGGGCUUCCGGCGCCAGGUCGACGUGUGGCCCGAGAACCCGGUCGACGGGUACAUCCGGGACGUGCGGCAGCGCGCGCGCCAGAAGCCGCCGCCGUCGCGGCACGCCUCCACCCCGGCUGACCCCGCCCCCCUGCCGCGCACCGCCGGCGUCUGCACCGUCGCCGACCUCGGCUGCGGCGACGCGAAGCUGGCCGCCGCGCUGUGGCCCGAGCGCGCGCGUCUGCGGCUCGAGGUGCUCAGCUUUGACCUGCAAGGGACCGCCGCCGCCGCCGCCGCCGCCGCCGCCUCCUCGGCCGCGGUCCCGGUCGUCACGCGCGCCGACAUCGCCGCGCUGCCCCUCGCCGACGGCGCCGUCGACGUCGCCGUCUUCUGCCUCGCGCUCAUGGGCACCAACUGGCCCGACUUCGUCGACGAGGCGUACCGCGUGCUGCGCUGGAAGGGCGAGCUCUGGGUCGCCGAGAUCAAGAGCCGCUUCGGGCCCGCCGCCCGCGCCCAGGGGAGGAAGAAGAACAGCGGCGCCCCCGUCGGCCACAGCGUCGGCGGCCGCCGGAAGGUGCUGCAGCCGCCGCCAGGGCCGAAGAAGGGCAAGGCGUGGAACGCGGCUGACGCCGACGCCGACGCCGACGAGGCCCGGCUGGCCGUCGAGGUUGACGGCGCCGACGACCGGCGCGAGGAGACCGACGUCUCGGCCUUCGUAGAGGCGCUGCGGCGGAGGGGCUUCGUCCUCCAGGGGGAGCCCGACCUGCGGAACAAGAUGUUCGUCAAGAUGCGCUUCCUCAAGGCGGCGUCGCCGGCCGUCGGCAAGGGGGCGAGCGGCGCGAAGGCGCAGAAGGGCAGGGAUGCGAUCAAGUUCAUCGAAGCGGAGGAUGACCGGCAGCAGGGCACCGUGGAUGAAAGCACCAUCUUGAAGCCCUGCGUUUACAAGCUACGCUAGGCGCGAGCCGCUACUUUUGUUUUAAACAAAUACUUGUCUCUAGUUCGUCGACCCCUUAACACCAAACUCGUUUAGUCACCCACACGCGUCGGCAGAGUCUUUCCUCACCGUCACUGUAUCUCCGUUCAAAGAUACAUAAAAAAUCUAACUGAGACGACUUCGAUUAAUUAGAUCCCCAAGUAUUGUAUUUGCUUGAAUCGGGGCAGGGUUGGGGGGGGGGGGGAUCGCGUGACUGUCAUGCUCGCGACCCUUUUCAAGUGCCCUCCGGGCCGCGCCACAUAAAAACUCCCACCAAUGUAUCGAGUAGUAACAACAUUUUGGUGUCCGAACCCGUCAUUCGUUACGCCAUGCUGAUUUCCCCA